ACGAAAGUUUUUGCGUUCGAAUCAACUGCUAUCACUCCAGCGAAGCAACUGUAUCAAUCGAGAAGAGAACCAUGGCUGCAGUUACCGUGGCAACAAGCCUGGACUCUAGGGUAACCCUGAACAGUGGGUUUGAGAUGCCACUUUUUGGAUUGGGUGUGUACAAAGCCGCUUCAGGAGACAACGGAGAGGCGGAGAAAGCUGUAAUCCACGCCCUCCAAUAUGGCUACCGGCUGAUCGACACGGCUGAGUUUUACUCGAAUGAAGCUGAUGUGGGAAGAGGGGUGAAAAAGGCUGGCUUAAAAAGAGAAGAUGUAUUCGUUGUGUCAAAAAUUUGGGAUGCAAACGGAUAUGAUUAUUGCAGGAAGCUCUUCAACGAAGCUUUUAAAAAAAUGGAUAUAGGUUAUAUAGAUUUGUACCUGAUCCAUAGCCCAAUGGGAUCUGACAACUGUGGUACAUACAGGGCUAUGUUAGACCUACAGAAACAAGGCCUGAUAAGAUCUUGUGGAGUGUCUAACUACGGAAUACAGCACCUGGAAGGGUUGAAAACUGCUGGGUUACCAACCCCAUCUGUCAAUCAAAUUGAACUCCACCCCUGGCAACACAAAUCUGAGGUCGUCAAGUACUGUCGAGAGAAUGGGAUAGCCGUCAUGGGCUACAGCCCUUUGGCAAAAGGGCAGCGAUUUUCUGAGCCAAUUCUAACAAAACUAUCAGAACGUUAUGGGAAGACCGCUGCCCAGGUGAUGAUCCGUUGGAGUGUACAGAAGGGAUACAUCACAAUACCCAAGUCAGCGAAACCUGCCAGAAUCGUGGAGAAUGCACAGGUGUUUGAUUGGUCAAUAUCUGAUGCUGACAUGGCUGUGCUGGACAAGUUGCCACAAAAGAGUUGUACAUGGGACCCCACAACUUCUCCCUGGAGAGGAUGAGCCUGAGCUUUCAUUUAAAUUGUUUCAAAUUUUAAAUAUGCUAAUCAUCCAGCAGACAGAGCAGUAUAAUUUGUAAUGUCUGUAGACAUGUGGUUGGAAUUGUUCUGCUCAGCAUACACCCUCAGGGCAACUCUUGGUUAACUUUAGAUUGUUUUUAGUACCCAUUUAAUAUCUCCAUUAUUUAUGGCAAGGUGUUUAAUUUUAAAUAUGUUAAUUACAAAACUGACAAUGGUCUGUAAAUCGUUAUUAUUGUAAUGAGUUGAUUUUUCUCCACCAAAAUGUUAAAACACUGAAUACAAAUGUUUAUCUCUUUGUUAAGUUUGGAUCAAUUUACCAGCAUAUCUCGUGCUACUUUUCACAAGGUGUUUUGUUAAAUUGUACAAUAUAUUUUGAUGGGGACUUUUGAUUUAGCGAGAUGUUUAAUUUUAAUAAUACCUUUAUUACUGAGUAGACAAUACUUGUGCCAUAAUCAGUGACUUCUCAAGUCAUGUAAUACUUGAUACAAAUAUUUACGUGUUUUACAUCAUAUAACUGUUGACUGUCUGCAGAAGGCUUCGGCUGUCUGUUGUAUUUCACAAGGUGUAUUUUUUUUUAACGUACAUUUUCUUGUUGUAUGAACUCUCAUUUUAUGAUGACUUGAAAAAAAUUCAAUAGUGCUAAAUAAUUUUGUGCAGUAAGAUUGUAAUGAUAACUUUGCCUCCCAAACGAAAUGUAUAUAAUACUUUCAUAUAUAAAACAGUGAUGGAUCCAUGCUCUGAAGGCUCAGUUCAUUUUUUGCAUGUUCUUCCACACUUGCAGGAGCCAUUUAGUCCACAGAAACAUUUGCAAGGAUUCAGACUCGUAGAGUAUAGGAG